UCAAAUUCCAACCGCAUCCAUCUCUCUCACAAUCACAACCUCACUGACUGUUCGGCUGUUCCCUUUUCAAAUUACACUUUCCCUUCUGUUUCACGCUUUCACUCCAGACAUUGAUACCACAGACCACAUUCUCUUCCCUCGCUCCUAUUCGCGCAAAAUGCACGUUUCUCUUUAUCCGUUCUUCCAUCACUUCUAAACCAUCUCUCUCUCUCUCUCUCUCUCUCUCUCUCAACUACAUUCACAAUGCUUGUUUCAGUUCUCUUAGCUUAGCCUCGAUGCUCUUGUAGUACGUAUACAUGGCAUUGAAUGACCCUGUGUCUGUUUGGAGAGCUAAAAGUGGACCCAGAAUAUCGUAGUGGUUACUACAUUUUUCGGUCUAAGCUGUUCAAACGUUCCAUUUCCUUGUUUUCAUAGCUCAAAUUGAGAUAUUCCUUUCUUUACAGAUACUGAUUAUUGUAGAUGGUGUUUUUAUUUGGUCCGCAUGUACAUUUCUUAUCUGGGUCUCGCAUUUGGACUAUUGAAACAUUCUAAACCCUUUUGGGUUCUUUUUAUUAAAAGUUGGGUCUGCUCAAAUGCGUGUUCUUGAAUUUGAUUAUUUGAUCGGUUGUUCCUUCCGGGUGUUUUUUUUUUUUUUUUGUAUGGUGGGUUUUGAUUGCUAGUGUUUUUUUGGUUUACUUUGAUGUUAUUGUGCUUGAGGGAUUGUGCUAAACAAGCUUGGAGUGGUGGUGAUUGGUGGAAUGGGAUGCCUAUGAAAUAUAGGAGUUAGUUUAGGGAUUUGAGUGAUGGGAUUAGGUCCUGAAGCGAUUAAGGUUGGGGCUUGGGAUGUGGAAAAAUCGAAGGGAAGGAAGAAGAAAGAAGGAGAAGCUGAGGGUACAGGAUGUUGGAUUAAGUUUAGGUUCAUUGGGAGCUGCAUCUCUUCAAGUUCCAACGUGGAUAACUCUCUAAGUGGUACUAGCACGCAAUAUGCUGAAAGUAAAUCUACAAAUGAUUCCAGCCGAGACCAACCAGUUGCUCCCGCUGUGUCAUCUUCAACAACUAGCAAUGAGGAAAGUAUUCCAUCCAAUCCAAUCAUAGGUGAGGAAUUGAAAGUUGCUUCUCAACUUCGAAAGUUCACUUAUAAUGAGCUCAAGUCAGCGACAAGGAGCUUUAGACCUGAGAGUCUUCUUGGAGAGGGUGGAUUUGGUUGUGUAUUCAAGGGUUGGAUCAACGAAAAUGGAACUGCUCCAGUGAGACCCGGAGCAGGGCUUACAGUUGCGGUAAAGACCCUCAACCAUGAUGGACUUCAAGGUCAUAAAGAAUGGCUGGCUGAAGUUAAUUAUCUUGGUGACCUCCUUCACCCUAAUUUGGUUAAAUUAAUUGGUUAUUGCAUUGAGGAUGAUCAGAGGUUACUCGUCUAUGAGUUCAUGCCUCGGGGAAGCUUGGAGAAUCACCUCUUUAGAACAGGGCCUCUGCCUCUUCCUUGGUCUACCAGGAUGAAAAUUGCACUUGGUGCUGCAAAUGGUCUUGCUUUUCUUCAUGAGGAAGCCGAAAAGCCAGUUAUAUAUCGAGAUUUUAAAACAUCUAAUAUCCUGUUAGAUGCGGACUACAAUGCAAAGCUUUCUGAUUUUGGGCUUGCCAAGGAUGGUCCAGAGGGUGAUAAAACUCAUGUAUCUACCCGAGUGAUGGGAACUUAUGGUUAUGCUGCCCCAGAGUAUGUGAUGACGGGACAUCUUACAUCGAAGAGUGAUGUCUAUAGCUUUGGGGUGGUUUUGCUUGAAAUGUUGACUGGCCGUAGAUCCAUGGACAAAAGCCGACCAAAUGCAGAACAUAACUUGGUGGAAUGGGCACGACCACACCUUUCAGAGAGGCGGAGGUUCUAUCGACUUCUAGACCCUCGGCUUGAAGGUCGCUUCUCAAUUAAAGGCGCUCAAAAAGCACUUCAGUUAGCUGCCCAUUGCCUUAGCCGGGACCCUAAAGCCAGACCUCUGAUGAGUGAAGUUGUUGAAGCCCUAAAGCCUCUGCCCAACCUCAAGGACAUGGCCAGUUCUUCAUCGUACUUUCAGGCCAUGCAAGCAGAGCGAAUGGGUUCUUAUCCAAAUGCAAGAAAUGGCAUUAGAAUGCAGACAGGGUUAUCAUUAUCAAGGAAUGGACAACCAACCAGGAGCCUCUCCAUACCGAAUGGUCCGCAUGCUUCUCCCUAUCACCAUAACCAUCUUCACCCGUCACCCAAACCUAGUGUUUGAAAGUCAUAACAUUUGAGUACCAUAUCAUGCCUUUGCCCUUAGUGUCAGCUUUUGAGGUAUGUAGUAGUCUUGCUAAACAGAAGAAACUAAUCCUGGAGUGGAUUUCCAAUUCAUUUCCGAAUGUGAGUUUGUUGCAUCUUCCAUCGAGACUGGUGAUGGAUAAUUCUCUUCCUUAA